CCGCGUCCCUCCCUCUCUGGCGGCUGGAUACCCCGGACAACCCUUGGGAUCACCAACUCGCAAUGGAGUCCUACACACAGGCCUCCGUCGGCAACGGCCACCACCUUCGCUCGCCUUACCAUCAGUCGCCCGUCGCCUCGGGCUCGCACCGGCGCCAUGUCUCCAAGCAGCGUUUCUACGCCGAGCUCUCGCAGUGUCUCUACGACUUUGUCAUACAGCUCUUGCCGACGCCGGAAGAGAUGGCCGUCAAGGAAGACGUGCGGAGGCUGCUCGAGCGGCUGAUUCGCACCAUAGAGCCUAACAGCCGCCUAUUAUCCUUCGGGAGCACCGCGAACGGCUUCAGUCUACGCAAUUCUGACAUGGAUCUGUGCUGCCUCAUUGAUUCUGAGAAUCGAUUGCCUGCGAGCGACCUGGUGAACAUGCUUGGAGAUCUGCUGGAGCGUGAAACCAAAUUUCACGUCAAGCCUCUCCCCUACGCCCGGAUACCCAUCGUCAAGUUGUCCCUCGAUCCGUCCCCCGGGCUUCCGUGUGGCAUAGCGUGUGACAUCGGAUUCGAGAAUCGACUGGCUCUCGAGAACACGCGAUUGCUCAUGUGCUACGCCAUGAUCGACCCCGCCCGCGUGCGGACCAUGGUCCUCUUCCUUAAGGUUUGGAGCAAACGGCGAAAGAUCAACUCGCCGUACAAGGGCACGUUGUCAUCUUACGGCUACGUUCUGCUGGUCAUAUAUUUCCUUGUGCACGUCAAGAAUCCGCCCGUGCUUCCGAAUCUACAAUCGAUGCCGCCUCUUCGCCCUAUAUCGCACGAAGAGAGUCAUAUCGGCGAACAUGAUAUCUGGUUCUUUGAUGAUAUAGAUCUGCUUCGCCAACGUUGGAAAUCCUCUAAUACACAAACGGUCGCCGAGUUGCUUUCGGACUUUUACAGGUACUAUGCAAGAGAUUUUCCUUAUUCCUUGGGCGUCGUGUCCGUGAGGGCAGGUCUGGUGAAGAAGGAAGAUAAAGGCUGGCUAACAGAGCUCAGCAGCUAUAAUGAUGCGAGAGAGCCCAACCGGUUCUGCAUCGAAGAUCCGUUCGAGUUGGAUUACAACGUCGCUCGUUGCGUCUCCAAAGAUGGUCUGUACACGAUUCGCGGCGAGCUCAUGCGGGCGUCACGGAUCAUCGGUAACCGCCCGGAUCGCGCCAUAGUCGCGCUUUCUCAGCUUUGCGAAGAACGGCCGGAGGAUGAACCAUUGCGAGCCUCGCCGCCGCCCAAACCGCGCGUACCACAGCGCCUCUCGAACCUUCCGCCACAGACACCGUACACUGUCACGAGCAGCAACCUCCGCCCGGGUGCGGUACCCUUCAAGGGGGACAGCGUGCUGGGGCCCUCCCUCUCACGGCAGCCUACGGAGCCGCUGCCGGAAGUGCCGAUCAGUCCUCCGCCGGAUCAUAUGGGCCCUCAGCGGUUGAAGUGGACGAGCCCGCCGCCGGAGCACGCGCCGGUCGAGGACCGGGUGUCGUUUGAGGAUCGGCUCGGCGAGGGCCUGCUGCUUGCAACGUUGUCGACCGAGGCGCGCGAGCGCUCGACGUCGUACGCGUCCUCGUCGAACAACAGUGAAGUGCUCACGGAUGACGGGGGCACGCCGUCCGACGUUGCGGACCUGGACGAGGUCCGCUCCGUGCGCUCAUACACAGAAGAGUCGUUGCAGCCGCCACUGCUGAACUCGCCCCCGCUCGGCGCGCCGUCGACGUCGUACGAAUCGGAGUCGUCCGCGCACUUACCCGCGCGCCCGCGACCGCCUGCGAACCAGCGCAUGCCUUUCCGCUUCCGCGGGCGGCCCGCGAACCGUCCUGGAGAGGAUGUGCCGGUAUCACAAGCGCCUGUCACGAACCGCGACUUUAGGGCGCUCGUCAACGCUGCGCAGGUGGACCCACCGCGGAGAUCGCUGUCCACGCCCGGACCAGCCUCGCAUCGCCUUUCACUCCCCGUGAUGCCUACGUAUGGGCAUCAGUCUCCACCGUUCCAGUUUCCGGUCCCUCGUGGAGUGGAGAGGGACCCGGCUCCUUCGCAUUCAAACAUAUUCUACGAGACGGGCACCUCGCCGAGGACGCCCGUGCCCGUCGUCAACGCCGUUCCUUACUCGCAUUCUCAAACACCUCCACAACAGCAUCAUCAACCUCAACAUCCAGCAAUUCAAGCACCAACUCAAGCAGGAACAUAUGUAGCAAUGCUCGCGCCAUACUAUCACCAACAGCAACAGCAGCAGCAGCAGCAGUACCUCGCCAGCCUUGCCGCUUCCGCGAACGCAGCGGUUGCGGCUUCGUCUCCGCCGCCGUCGUGGUCUUCCCCGCCGUCGCCAGGGAGACGGCAGGCAGGCACUGCGCUGCACCAUACCCAGCCAACGCGCGGAUACCAGCAGCUUCCGCCGCGAUUGUCGCCAUCGCGCUCGCCAAACUCAUCCGACACCCACACGCCCACCCCGGGCGAUCCAGGUCUGUCGUCCGUGCCCCACAGACGGGCAUCGCACUCGCACACGCAUUCGGCGGCGACGAUCGUCCCGCCGCUCACACCUGGGGCGGCAGCGAGGCGGCCUAUCGUGGAUAUCUCGAGGUCGUCGAGCGCGUCGCCGUCCCGCUCACGGUCCCCGCCGCAGCAUCUCAGCGGCAUCUCGCGCCUUGCCCCGAGCGGCGUGAAGCUGUCGCCGCCAUCACCCUCAACGGUUGCGAAGAACCAAAGUCAAAGUCAAUCCCCUUCCCCGCCGCGGUCGGGAAGCGAGUCGCCGGCGUCGUCGUCUGUGAGCUCGCACUAUCCGCCAUCGUCGCUCUCGUCGCGCUCGAUUUCGCCCGCGUCGCCGUUGCACCGGCCGGCGAGCGGGUUCAACGUCACGCUUCCGCCGAGCGUGGCAGAGGAGGAAGCGUUCUCGCCGUCGGCGUCGCCGACGCCCAAGUCGGAGUAUCCGCCUACACCCGAUACGGCGGUGCCGCCGUCACUGCUGAGCGGGUUCUCCUUGCUGAGUACCGCCGAUGUGGCGGGGGAGAAGCCGACGACGGCGUCGCCUGGUGGUUCCGUCAGCCCAAGCUCGACUGCGGCGUCGACAGUGGUCAUGACGAGGUCAACUUCCACGAUAUCUUCGGCGCCUGGAUCGUCCAGACUCGCAUCUCCAAAUUUGCCUUCGUUGCCAACCGUUGCCCUCAACACCGACUUUCGACAUCCAGUGGACGACAAGCCGUAGGACCCACCGGUGUGACGGAUUUCGAGGGCUGCCUCUGAUUUCACAUCAUGCUGUCCGUGGGGAUGCGCACAAGCUGGCAAGGGAUUUUGACCUUCAGCCACCCCGAAUAGAAGCGGAUAUCCGUAUUCUUUAUCUCGCUUACUUAGGAUCCGUCGUGCAAUUGUCGUGGAUUCUUACCUCAUGAUCGUCUCGCGUAUAUGCUCGGAGCGAACCGUCGUACUGCUCCGACCGGUCCCGCAAGCCACUGGCGCGUUGUCGCGUUACAUUUUAGAUAAUGUACAUGUACGCGCGGGGAAUGGAGCCUGCAGGCGCAUACGAAGCGGUGGGGCUACGGAAAGCGUGUGUGUGAAGGUCAAGGAAGGGCCGCGACAGCACCAGGAUGAGUAGAUUUGGUUUUACUCCUGGGCCGCGAAUGGAUUUGCGAUCUCUUCGAAACCGUCUACGGGGCUGAGCAAGGUGAUGGUGGGACCUCGGAGGACGACGAGACCUAGGGAUCGUGUAUGGGGUUCGGGUUCUGAGAAGUGCUCUUCGACCUCGUCCAGAACGAGAUUGAGCAGCUGGUCGUAGCCUUUCAGUACGCCUGUGACUUCCCGUCCACCGGUGAAUUUGACGCGGAUGCGCUCGUUCGAGUACUUUGAGAGGUCGAGGAUGGCCUCGCGCUUGGGUUUGUCCAUUGUCGGCUGGGGCCCCUGGGGGCCACCGCGCCCUCUACCUGCGCCCCCUCCCAUGCCACCGCGCGCUCCCCUGGGUGCACCACGGCCCCUGUCUGCCAUCGUACGAGAGGUGGAUGUGGUUUUGUUGGGUGGGUCGAGAACUCUGAAAGAUGGCUGUUGAGGGAUUUUCGUGCGAAACCCCCACGCGUCGCGGAUGGUUGGCCGGGGCUCGUCGAGUCAAGCGCUCGCUGCAGAAAAGCGGGCGGGUGGAAUCCCGGUGGAUAUCGACCGACGCGAUAAGGGCGUAGCGAGCGGGAGAUCAGACAGCACUGAAGCACGAGCUGGGGCCGUGUACGUGAUAGAAAAUAGUGUGGCGGAUCAGGCCUUGAACCGAUCCUCCUUGUUUGCGCCGUCCACACUGCCCGCCUUGUUCCCCGACCACCACGACCAGGCCACGCCCCCAACAAAGACCACAAAAUAAUCCGCCCGCCCAUAAAUACACGACGCGAUCGCACACCUCCGCUACUGAGACGACGACCCACGCCCGUCCGGCCCUUUUUCGACGACCAUGAGUGCCCGCGAACUUCUGGAACAUACGCUCUCGCCUGACCAGGCGACGCGUCAGGAUGCUACGCAAAAGCUGGAACAGGCGGCUGCGACCAACUAUCCUGCGUACAUGCUCAUGUUAUCCGCCGAACUCGUGAACGAGAACACGCCGCCGCAUCUUAGGAGCGCCGCAGGUCUCGCGUUGAAGAACGCCCUGACCGCACGCGACGCCACAAGGCAGACCGAUUACGCCAACCGAUGGCUAGGCAUCGAUACUCAAACGAGGGGCAAGAUCAAGCAGGAUGCGCUCAUGUCUCUCGCUUCGCCCCAACAACGAGCAGGAACCGUGGCUGCCCAGUUCGUGGCUGCCAUCGCCGCCGUCGAGCUUCCCCAUGGCCAGUGGCCAGAGCUCAUCGACAUCCUGCUCGGCUUCGUGAACGACGCGACGAAUGUCAACCUUAGGAUAGCUACGUUGGAAGCGAUCGGCUUCGUCUGCGAACAAGUGAAACCGGAAAUCCUCACGCAUCAAUCAAACUCGAUUCUCACCGCCGUUAUUCACGGCGCCCGGAAGGACGAACCGUCUACGGAGGUGCAAAGAGCCGCUGUCACCGCGCUCUUCAACUCGCUCGACUUCGUUCGCGAGAACUUUGAGCGCGAGGGCGAGAGAAAUUACAUCAUGCAGGUCGUCUGCGAGGCGACGCAAAAUCCGAACGUGCAAGUUCAGGUCGGCGCGUUCGAAUGUUUGGUGCGCAUCAUGAGCUUGUACUACGAUAAGAUGACGUUCUACAUGGAGCGCGCGUUGUUCGGGCUUACUGUCCAAGGAAUGAAGUCGAGUGAGGAAUCCGUCGCAUUGCAAGCCAUUGAGUUCUGGUCUACUGUCUGCGAAGAAGAGAGUGAGCUGAACAUGGAAGCUGCUGAGGCUGCUGAGUACGGCGAGAUCCCCGAGCGCGAGUCCAAAUACUUCGCGAAGAUCGCCUUACCCGAGAUUGUGCCCGUCCUCCUUGAGCUGCUCACUCACCAGGACGAGGACGCAGACGAGGACGAGUGGAACGUCGCGAUGGCUGCUGGAACAUGUAUCGGCCUUCUCGCACAAGCCGUGCAAGACGCGAUCGUGCCAGCGGUGAUCCCGUUCAUCGAGCUGAAGAUCCGCGAUCCGGACUGGCACUCGCGCGAGGCGGCCAUCAUGACGUUCGGCUCGAUCCUCGAGGGCCCUGACCCGGCCGUGCUCGCACCGCUCGUGAACCAAGCCCUACCGCUCCUCAUCCAGCUCAUGGCGGACCCGAAUGUGAACGUCAAGGAUACGACGGCGUGGACGCUUGGCAGAGUGUGCGAUCUGCUUGUCACGUCCAUCAAGCCCGACGUUCACCUCCACGACCUCGUAUCGGCGCUCGUUGCUGGCCUGAACGAUAACCCACGAAUCGUGGCCAACUGCUGUUGGGCGCUCAUGAACCUCGCCGAUCAGCUUGGUUCUUACUACGAAGACGAGACACAGGGUGCGACGAGCAACCCUCUGUCGCCAUAUUACCAAGGCGUCGUUGAGGCCCUGUUACGAGUAACAGAAACCGCCGGAAACGAAGCUAACUACCGCACCUCUGCAUACGAGGCCAUCACCUCAUUCAUGACCAACGCGCCUCCGGACGCCAUUCCCGUCGUGCAGAACACCGUGGUCACGAUCCUUAUGCGCAUGGAACAGCUAUUAGGCAUGCAAAACCAGAUCUUGGGAGUCGACGACCGUAACAACUGGAAUGACCUGCAAAGUAAUUUCUGCAGCGUGACUGGGAGCGUUGUUCGCAAGCUGGAGGCGGGCAUCGCACCUCUGUCGGAUCGAAUCAUGACUCUACUCCUCCAGCUCAUGGCAGCUGCUGGUAAAACGUCCACGAUACUCGAAGACGCGUUUCUCGUCGUUGGCACGCUCGCGACAGCUCUCGAGAAGAACUUUGCGCCUUACGUCCAAGCGUUCCUGCAGUUCCUCUAUCCUGCGUUGAAGGCGCACGAAGACACACAAUUGUGCAUGGUCGCCGUCGGUCUUAUCGGCGACAUCUCCCGCGCGCUCGGGGAGCAGAGCACGCCGUACGCGAGCCAGUUCAUGACUGUGCUGCUCGAGAACCUGCAGAGCGAAGUGCUCAAUCGGAACGUGAAGAUUCCGAUCGUGUCGUGCUUCGGCGACAUCGCCCUCGCGAUUGGGCCCUCGUUCGAACCCUACCUCAACACCACCAUGACCGUGUUAGAGCAGGCUGGCUCCCUACAACCGAACCCUCUGGACUACGACUUGCUCGACUACGUCGCGCAGCUGCGAGAAGGUAUUCUCGAGGCAUACACCGGCAUCGUCACUGGUCUCAAGGCGAGUGACAAGGUCAACUUGAUAAUCCCGCACGUUCCGAGCAUCCUCAACUUGAUCCAACGAUGCCUCACGGACGAGGAGAGGACAGACGCCAUCGUGAAGCUUUCUCUUGGCCUCGUCGGCGAUCUUGCGGACGCCUUCCAGAACGGCCAAAUUAAGCAGUACCUGCUCGCCGAGUGGCUAGCGAACGAGCUCCGGUCGAAGGGCCGUAUGCCACCCGAAACGAAGAAGACCAUGCGCUGGGCGAGAGAGAUGGUCAAGCGGGCUACCGCAUAAACAUCGUCGUUCAACCGACGCGCUUGAAUUGGGAUUCUUUCUGUCGUUUUCUUUCUCUUCUCAUCUCCUGUUGUCGACUACCUACGCUAUUGAGCCCGUUGCCCCUCUCAAGGAGGACAUAGCACGGCCUCGCUCUCGCUUAUCUACAUUCGAACCAGAGGUUAAAUGCAAGUUUUUACAUCCGUCACUAGACCCCUCGCUACCCACCGCGCGCCUUGAUUCCGUCAAACUCGCGCUCCUCACAAUGUCACCUGUAUCGAAAAACGUCCUUAGUCUGCAUUUCCAUUGCCAUCCACCUAGUCCUCCUCGGUCCUGCGCUGUAUCUUAACGCGUGUUCUUUGCCCUCCCAAAUAUUCACUUCAUUUGCUACGAC